GUAUCUGUGAAGAUGUGUGAUGGAUGAAUGUUUCGCGCUUUUUUUUUUAUGUUAUUUAUAUAAAACAAAGAAUCGAAAAAGUUCACAGUGAGAAGUAAAAGUACCUGAAUAAUAGUUUACACCAUAAAUCUUGUUAUUAUCAUUAUACUAAAUAUUAUUGUCACCAUCACUCAACCAGUAAAACUUGUGAUAAAAUAUAAAAUAUUACAUUGGCGCCCAACGUGCAGGCCUUGAGCCCAAGGUCAAAGUUUUAGGUACAAAUGUGUGUGUAAAAGUAAUUGUUUGUUUUGUAUUUGCCUAUGGGUAAGAUUAUUCAUAGUCCGGUUGUAACUAGGUCCAAAUCUCAAAACAAAACAUUGUCGUCAAGGACUGGAACAACCUAUCGUCUUAAAAUGGCGCACGGAACGAGCCAGACGGUGGAUGAGCAAAUGAAGCAGCUCAGGAGAGAGAGAGAAAAUAUGGAGAAGCAAAAAGCGGAUCUUGAAUUACGCAUGACACAAUUUGCAACUUGUCAGGAAUUAGCUGAUCAAGUUAAGAUGUUGCAACGUGAAAAAGAUCAACGAGAUCGAGCUUCGUCAAGUAACAAUAUAGAGUUAGACAUUAAAGCACCAAAAUUUUCUGACGAAGAUAAAAGUAAUCCCAUUGAAUUUUUACGAGAUUUGGAGAGAUAUUUCAACGUUCAUAACGUUAACGACGCAAAACAGGAUUGGGUUCUCGGGAGUAUAUUAGAAGGUCGAGCCAAAAUAUGGUACGAAGCAAAUAAAGAAGUAUGCAACACUUAUGAAAAUUUCAGGAAGCAUUUUAAACGGGAGUUUUAUUCCGUUCAAUACCAAGUUAAAGCUAAGAAUCGAUGGUCGUCUCGUCGUUAUAAAUCACAAGAUGGGGAAUUGCGCAGUUACUUUCGUCGACAAUCUAAAGAAGCGAAAUAUUUUGAGCCCGCGUUGUCUACGUAUGAAAUAAAUUAUGCUGUAGUACAACAACUACCAGCAAGGAUUCGAGAUUUAUUAGCAACCAUAGAUUUUAACAAUAGUGAAUUAAUAAUGCAAUCGUUAUCUAAUCUAGACAUAUCCCAAGAAGGCAGAGAAUUUGAUAGAGACAAAACUCAAAAUUUUAAUAGACCAAAUCAGAACAGGAAUCAAAUACAGGGGGUGAUAUCAAAUAAUUAUAGUCGACAAUCUCGUUUUCAAUCACGCCCUAAUAAUAAUUAUAAUAACAGUAAUAAUUAUGGUUCAUCCUAUAUGAAUCCCACUGGACACCGUACGUAUUAUGAUACAGUGCCGCAACAGUUUAUAUUGCCAAACACAAGAUAUCCACCUCCGGUGCUAGUAAGACCAACAAAUUACGAUAAUCAAGUAGCUAGUAAUCCUAACUUAUGCCAAUUUAAUAAUCCUGCAACUAAUUUAAACUAAAUUCGGGUGCGAUAA